GCCACACAGAGCUGGCUGAGGGUGACGCUUUGGCAUCGUACCGCUCAGAGAAGGGCAUUGAAGUGCGAGAGCAAAGAUGGAUCACAAACGAACUGACGGACACGGCUAUCGUCUUCCAUUUUUUUGCGACGUUCAUGGACAUUAACAUGCCCUGUCUGUACCCACACCGGGAUAGCCGAGGACAGGCCACUGAGUGCACCCACAGACCUUUCAGUGACGACUUUGUCCUGACACCCGAAACCCCGAGGAGUGGAGAGGGCCUGGCCAACGACGUAUGUCUGUCCAAAGUGCGGGCUGGUACUGAUGGGCGCGAGAGUUUCAACGUAUACGUGCGACGUGUUGAAUCAGCCUCCAAAUCAAAAUGGCGGCCCUAUCUACCCGUUCAGGCGGGGCACAAUAACGUAUUCCACGCGAUUGCCCUGUUUGUCCACUACAUACAUCGAGAACACGGUGGGGUGCUACGGACCACCGAUUUGGGCGGGAUAAUCAAACUAGACCAGAUCCUGAAAGUUUAAAGACACUUACCUACAUCAAUAAAGUACUGAAUCUAGGCCUG